CCACGCCCCCGGCGCCCGCUCCCACUCCUGAUUGGCUGGGCCGGCCCGGAGGCGGGCGGCGGGGCCCUGGGCCGCGUCUCAGCUAUAAAGACAGCCCCGGCAUGACCGCUGCGGCGAGGCUGGGGCAGUGACUGUGCUUGCCCGCUCUCGGCCCCGGGGCCCCGCGGUUUCUCUUGCACCCGAGCGCUCCAGACUAGACCAUGCCAAGGGGCUUCCUGGUGAAGCGAACUAAACGGACAGGCGGCUCGUACCGAGUGCGCCUAGCCGAGCGGGUCUUCCCUCUGCUGGGGCCCCAGGUGGCGCCGCCCUUCCUGGAGGAGGCUCCUGCCCCCUCCUUGCCAGAUGUGGAGCCCCCCACCCAGGAGGAGCCCGGAAAGGGGCUGACGGCUGAGGCGGCCCGGGAACUGUCGGGGUCGCCCUGUCGGGUGGCCGGGGUGAGCCCAGGGGCUGGCGGGCGGGAAGGUGCAGAGAGGAGGGCGGAUGGCAGAGAGGGUCCUGGGCCCGGGUCCGGGCCCAGCCCCAGUCCCACGAAGCCAGUGGGCACGGAGCUGCGUCGGGCGUUCCUGGAGCGCUGCCUCAGCUCGCCCGUCUCUGCCGAGUCCUUUCCUGGGGGUGCCGCCGCGGUGGCCGCUUUCUCCUGCUCGGUGGCGCCAGCAGCAGCACCGACCUCAGGGGAGCAGUUCCUGCUGCCGCUCCGGGCACCGUUCCCAGAGCCCGCGCUCCAGCCGGACCCCGCGCCCCUCUCGGCCACCCUGCACGGCCUGAAGCGGGCCCCCGGUGGUGAGCGCCGCGCCAAGAUACCUCCCGGCUGCACUUCGGGAACUGCGGCCGCGGGAAUCAAGAAGCCAAAGGCUAUGAGGAAGUUGAGCUUUGCUGAUGAGGUGACCACGUCCCCUGUUCUGGGCCUGAAGAUCAAGGAGGAGGAGCCCGGGGCGCCGUCCCGGGGCUUGGGGGGCAGCCGCACGCCGCUGGGAGAGUUCAUCUGCCAGCUGUGCAAGGAACAGUACGCAGACCCCUUUGCACUGGCCCAGCAUCGAUGCUCCCGCAUCGUGCGCGUCGAGUACCGCUGCCCUGAGUGCGACAAGGUCUUCAGCUGUCCUGCGAACCUUGCCUCUCAUCGCCGCUGGCACAAGCCGCGUCCCGCAGCUGCAAACGCUGCCACAGUCUCCUCCACCGACGGGAAGCCGCCUCCGUCAUCGUCUUCGUGCUCCCCGGAAUCCGGUGCCAUUGCGUCUUUUCUGGCGGAGAAGGAGAACAGCCGGAUAGAGCGAACUGCAGAUCAGCACCCGCAAGCCAGGGACAGCUCCGGGGCAGAUCAGCACCAGGACAGCGCCCCGCACCAGGGCCUUCAGGUGCUCAUGCACCCAGAGCGCCCACUGCCCCAGGGUCCGUAUACGGAGGGGGUGUUUGGGCGCCGGGUGCCUGUGCCAGGCAGUACCAGUGGUGGCGGGGGACCCGAGAUCUUCGUGUGUCCAUAUUGCCACAAAAAGUUCCGUCGCCAAGCCUAUCUGCGUAAGCACUUGGGCACUCAUGAGGCAGGCUCGGCCCGUACACUAGCCCCGGGUUUUGGCUCCGAACGCGGCGCCCCACUUGCCUUCGCUUGCCCGUUGUGUGGGGCGCACUUCCCGUCCGCAGAUAUCAGGGAGAAACACCGGCUGUGGCAUGCUGUCCGCGAGGAGCUGCUUCUGCCUGCUCUGGCAGGGGCUCCUUCCGAAACACCCGGCCCAGGCGGGGCAUCUGACGGGAGUGCUCAGCAAAUUUUCUCUUGCAAGCACUGCCCGUCCACUUUUUUUAGCUCCCCGGGGCUCACCCGGCACAUCAAUAAGUACCAUCCCUCAGAAAGUCGGCAGGUAUUGUUGCUGCAAAUGCCACUGAGGCCCGGCUGCUGAGGGCCAAGAGACCAGGAAGAUUUCAAGGUUGGCCUUGGAGCAAACAGAUCAUGGGAAUUUCUGUGGGGCUUUCUUCAACUUGCAAGUUUACUUUCUUUCCUUUGUUUCGUCUCCUAAAAUUCUCCCAGUAGUCUAUGUUCCGCCAGAGGAGCGGACAGUGAAAUGUAAAAUCCCUCUCUAGAGCAGGUAUGUAUAUGGUAUAAACCCUCGCAGACUGUCAGCUUUAAAUCCUUCUUACUUUCCCCACUAAAAUAGGAUUUUUUUUUUUUUUUUUUUUGCCUCAAAACUCUGGAGACCCUAACGAAUCCUAUGAGAUUUGUAAUUCCUAUGGAAAGUCGCAGUGAAUGCGUACAUGUCUCAAUGUCUACAAAGGGUUCUGGCUACCCAAAGUGGUAGUAACCAAUUUUUUUUUUCUCUUGCCAUCACAGGCGCCUAUGUGGUUUCUGUCUCAAAUAGGGUCAGAUAUCUUGUAUUGUAUAUUCUGUGAAUUAAAAGUUAUGUGAUUGGUGCCAAACUUAAGGGGGUGGGGGAAAGAUUCAAGACCUGUGUCUGUGGGCAGGAAAUACAAGAGAAUGUUUGCUGCUUUUGGGAGGGCGUUUAACACUGUAACCUUUUCUUUCCCCAAUUAUAUGUACUAGUCCAUUCUUAAGUUAGUGUUUGGAGGCGGGGAGGGUGCUGCUUUACUAGAAAGAGUAGAGACACCCCUAGCCCCCCAAAUUCUCAUCUUUAGAUAUUUUGUGUGCAGUAUUCAGGAAGAACUACUUUAAACCUUUCUUUAAAUAGCCCUUUGGAAAUAUAGAAAUUGUUUCCUGAAGUUUGACUGUUUUAAUGGGGUUUCACCCAAAUUGUUUUAAUGAUUCUGCUGUAAAUCUCAUACUGUGUGUUAUAUAUACAACUAUGCUCAGCUUAAGGAAUAUGUUAAUACCUAUAAUCCACUAAGGAAAUGAAUAGCAAUUCAUUCAAUAUUCAGUAUUUUCUUUUCAGCAGCAACUUGUUUUUGACCUUUUUGUAAACCAUUUCAGUGUACAUUCUGUACCCAUGCCCUAAAAGCUAGAGUCGGGACACUGGCUGAGCACUGCUUGACAGCCCAUAUUUGUAAGAUGCUUACCACCAAAUAAAUGUACAUAGACUGUG